UCAUAUGUUUUAUCUCUCCUCUGAGAAAAUUUCCCACUUUCUUUUCCCACAUACCCACGUUUUCUCUGGAUCCAAACACUCUGAAUUCCAGACCUAAUAGUCUCUUUCCUUCUCAUUUUUCCAACGGGAAACAUAGAAAUCUGGGGGGCCUUUCCUCUCUCUGUCAUUACAGCCAGUAGGGAAGGCCAUGUGAGCUGUUUUAAACUGGUUCUGGUUGUUGCCGUACAACUUUCUGCAGAAUUGCUGUUGAUUUGGCGUUCUUGACAUGGGUAAAUGCAAGGGUUGUGGGAAAUUAGGAAGAAUGGUUCCAAGGGGUGGAUCUGUGAGUGCUUACCAGUUUGCUCUUCUGUUGUCUCCUGUUGUUUCUGUUUGGGAUUGCAUUGUUCGUAAAAUGAGGUACUCUUUCAGACCUGAGUGGGUGUAGUUUUGAGGAUCGUGACAUUAUAUUAGUUUUCAAUAAGGAAAUUAAUUGAAUUUACUUAGUAUUAUAUAGAAAAGGAAGGAAACACAUUAUAGGGUGAUGUAUACAUUUUAGAGGAAUUCUCUGUGAAAGGAAAAAAAAAAGUUGAGUACAACCAACUGAGUAGUUAGAGAUUGUUAGAGUAAUGGAUAGCGUUGCGUGUAAUAAAAUGCAAACGGUUGUGAGAAAAGUGAAGAAGAAGCAAGUAAAGGACGAAUUGGAUCGUCAAAAGCAGGCCGAGAAGAAGAAAAGACGCUUGGAGAAAGCAUUGGCUACUUCAGCAGCCAUCAUUUCUGAACUUGAAAAGAAGAAACAGAAAAAGAAGGAAGAACAGCAGAGACUUGAUGAAGAGGGCGCUGCAAUCGCUGAAGCUGUUGCCCUGCAUGUCCUAAUUGGUGAAGACUCAGAUGAUUCGUGUAAGAUUGUCUUAAACAAAGAUGAGGAAUUCAACCCUUGGGGGUGCUCUAGCAGUAUUGAUUUUUUCAUGGGUGGAAGGAGAACAGGUUUACCUUGUCAGGAUUCUUCCAUAUGUUCACUUGAAGGCAUUGAAUGGGUCUCCAAUGGUUACAGAUCUGGAUGCAAGCGGGGUGGCUUGGGAAAAAGUGAAUGGUCAUUUUCAACUGGGCUUUAUGGGAGGGAUCUUCACGACCCAUAUCUGGAGGAAGAAGCAGGCUGGGGAGGUACAGGAUUCUCUGCUGAUCUUAUUGCGGCUCAGGCUGUUUCGUCUCUUCAUAUCGCAGAGGAAUCAGAUGAAGACACUAUUGUGCUCAACGGAAUGCUAAGGCGGUAGAUGGACGAUGGACGAUGGACUCUCUUGCAGUCGUAUUAUCUAGUCACUGGAAGGAGCCUUUGGCCAUAUUUUCUCGUCAUUACAUGAUCUGUAUAUAAUUUCCGUGAAUGUGUUUUUAUCUUUUUGUCAGUUACACACAUGUUGCUUCUUCUGUUCGAACAAUGUUGUAGUCUCCUCUUGCACUCGUUUUUUUUUCAUUUGUUCGUCCAUCCUUUGUUAGAGCUGCUGCUACUUUUUCGUGCAUUAAUGUUUCACGACUUAUGAGACAUUAGUUAAACCAAUCUUCCUAUUUUGCUAAAAAAUUAUAAUUUAACAGGCAAUUUACCACAGU